UGUAGGCACAGAGGACUGAAAUGGGCAAGUUUGAAACAGCAGAGGUAGAGGAGACUGCACAUCAUGUGUAGACUCCUUUUGAGAAAUUUGAGUAAAUAGGAAAGAGAGAGCUAAAGAAAGAUGCAAGGGAAAGGGCAUUUUCUUGACAAAGGAGAUCAACAUAGCCUAGGAGCCAGUGAAGAGGGGGGCGUUAAAUACUGACUCAUGCAUCCCAGUCUCUGAAGGAGUGAGAGGGAAUGAUUUAUAGGAGUGCCUGCGAGAAGGCUGAUGUCUAGACAGGACUUAGAGAAGAGAAUAUAGAAGGAUUUUGAGCAGGUAGGAGGCCCCAAUAUAGGACAUAGCCACUGAUUUGGGGAGAAAGUGGCACAGUGCUCAGUAAUCUGUGUACAAGAACCAGGGAGAUGAGUAUUGGUUUAUUCCAAGGUUUAGGUUGUGCUAUUUGGAUUUGGAGUAAGGACACAGGACCAAGAGCAGUGAAAGUGAGUUGAGAUCUUCACUAUUGUGUCCUGAGUGCCUGACAUAUAGUAGGUGUGCAGAGGGGUAAGAGAAUUGGACUGUGGGACCUAAGCAGACUUAGAGAAGUAGGCUAAGGAGAAAGUGAGAUAGACUGAGGAGCACUAGGAGUCUGGAUAGGAAUCUCAAGUCCAUGAAUGGGGACAUAACAUUAAGUAAAUCUCCUAGUGACUACUGUAUUUUUUGUGGUAUUCUAAGCGUCUACUGAGAGAGCAGUUGAGAAAAAAGGUUGAACUAAGGAUUAGUCAGACAGCAGGAUAUCCUUUGUGUUUAGGGCAUCUUUGUGUUUAGGACAGCAGAAAGGCUUUGCGAACUCUUUAAGUUCAUAGGGUGGGUGGCUGAAGGGGAAAGAAGAUUAUAGCUCCUGCAGAUGAAAGAUGAAUGGCUUGGGGAGAUAGAUAUCAAAUUAUCCAUGUGGACAGUCGUAUCACCUGGACGGUGGAAAGAGCUGGAAAAAAGGGUAGCACUAUGAGCCAGGUAUAAAAGUCCUCUCCUGUGGUUGAAGGUGGUAUUUUUCCAAGCUAACGGACAGGGCAUGUAGGCUAUCAAGACUCCCUAUAUUGGCAGAUACAAUCUGGACCUUUCCAAGAAGCCUUCACCAUGUCUAACCCCUCUAGUUUCAGGCACUGAAUAACUAAGCCAAUCUCAAGGACAAUGAAAUCUUUGUAAUGGCCACCUCUUCCCUCCUGUAAACACCAUAAAUAAUAAAAGAAGAAACAUUUUUGUUUAGGAAAUAGGAUUUUUUUAAAAAGCUCCCUCCAGAGUUAGCUCCUUGCCUCUGACCCUGAAUUGAGACCUACUUUUUACUGCUGAGGUGGUCUUUACUGGAAACAAGUUUUUCCAUUGAACCCCAGGCUUUUGUCUCCUGAAGAAGCACAGGUCGACAAGGCAGCUUUGACACUCUUAAUAAGGGCUCCUAGUGGGUUCCAUGCCAAAGGCUCCCUUAGAUUUUCAGGUCAUGUCUGUCAAAAAUGGAGGAGAUAAGGGAUUGGAGGUAAUGGAUUAAUGGUGAGGAACUCAGGAACUGGUUCUAAUAAAAAUUGGGUUUAGACUACUUGAUAAGAAUUAAGGUUGAACUCUCAUGAAGAGCUCUCUUUUCCAUUGAUGUUCCCUCCACAGGCCACUGGGCUUGCAGCACUCCUUUCUUCUUCCUACAAAGCCACAAAUUUGACAGAGCAAGGCUUGGGCUCUUCUCACUUCUGAGCUGGGCCAGGGACAGGGCAAGUGGGACAGGGAAGAAAAUAAAAACUCUGAUACCUGGCAAGUGGAAGAGUGUUGGAAUAGGGAAAAAGAGUAUCAAAAGAAACCUGGACAGAUUCUGUUUCUUGUUUUUAUCAUCUUUAUCAGCCUGGAUUCCCACAAUUUCAAGUCUUUCCAUUAGUUUAUCACUAGUUCAAUCCCAAGUAAUUUUAGAUUGUAUCAUGUAUCUCUCCCUUGUCUAGGAGUGGGCAGAGCCAUUUGAGCAAUUUCUGUAUUCCUUUAUCACUCUAGAAAAAGCUUUUGGACAUUUUUUUUUCUUGUGUACCCUGCCAGUGAAGUUUGACUUACACAAGUACACUAUAUAUUUAAUAGCUGUGUGUAUUUAUGCUUUAUACAUAAAGAAUAAAUACAAAUCUUUUUAUUUAGUAUAAAGUUAAUAACUAAAUAAAAUGUUUUAAAAGUUAAAUGUUAAGGUAAAUACAUAUUGACCCCAUACAUAACAUGUAUUCCAUCUCCUAUUGAAAAUUUUCUUUGGUGAUUAAUUGGGAUAUCUUGAGAAAGAAGUUGACAGAUUUUCACAGGAUACCUCAUUAUGGGUUCUGUGGACAUUCACAUGGGGCAUAGAUACUCUCACACAGUCCAUUUUUCAAGGAAAUUAACAUUAAUAUUUUGCAUAUUAUAUUCAAAGUAGUUCAGAUUACAUAGUCCAUUUUGAAUGUUCUGUUCACUUCUAAAUGUAUGCAGGCAAAGUGGUUAGUUAGUACUGUGCUUUCCAUAGAAAGUGUAUUGUGUACUGAGUAUUUUAUUACAUUAUUAUUGUGAUCAUUUCUGCAAUCAUUUCCUGGUCUGACCAUCUGGUCUAAAUUGCUAUAUAUUAGUACACUUGACCCAGUUCCUUUCUGUAAAGUGAUCAACUAGAUGCAUAGCUCCUCGAAGGAGCUCCUUUCCUUAAAUUAAUAUCAGGGUCAAACUGGGUGAGACUGUAGUCUUCCAGCUUCCCUUCCAGAUAGUUUCUUGCCAUCACUCAAUGUUAUCAGCUCUAGUCAAGGGCUUUUCUUUAGGACUGAUUCUCAAAAACUUCCCAGUGUCCCAGGAAUGAGUGAGACACUGAGCAAGCAGUGUAGUAGGAGUAGAUGUGACAGGAAAGGUGAGCCUCCUGUAACAUUAGCUUUAGGACUUGCUCUGCCCUCUGAUGAUGGGGAGUUGUGUUCACCUGUUAACUUUAUGGUUUGCUGGACCACAUGGUACACCUCCAGGAUAGGUAGCUCAGGUGGUAUGGUCACUUGGGGCUCCAUGCUUAGACAUUCAAACUUUACUGAGACUUGAUAAUUUAACUUUGUUGAAUUAAUUGUCAGGUGCCAGGAGCUGCUUGUCAAAAGGAGAGUGGUUACUUGGGGAAGACAUGAUUGAUUUUACUCCAAAAUGCUAGAAGCUUUUGCUUUGACACUCCAGUUAGCAGUUGUCAGAGACUUACCACAUCUCUGUAUUUCAGACAGCCACUUCAUUCAGGCAUGUACAUGUUCAUUCCACCAAGUAGUGACUGCAGGAUUCAUGCCCUCUGAGGGGUUCUGGGAUGUUCUUGUUCUUAGGACCUGUGCAGUCCAGAGGGGAACAGUGGCAGCAUUGAGAAGAGCCACACUGGACUGUGGGAACCCAAGGGAGUGAAGAAUCCAUGCCUUUGUGAAUAGAUGUGUUAUGAAUCAUGGGUGAUGUGUGCUAGUAACAUCUGCAUAAGUGCAUACCAGCACAUUUCUAUAUCUACAAAUACAUUUAGUGUGUACAUUUAAGGACAGUUAUGAGUCAGCUGUCAGUGCUCUCACAGAAAGAGUUCUUUCCUGUGAAAUAGAUUUGAGUUAACCCUUACUCUCAACUCUCAUAUAUGGUGCCUAUACACUUACAAGCAUCCAUGAGUCACUCAAGCUUUGUAUUCUGCCCUUAAAAUAUGAGCCACACUGGUCUCUGAGCAUCACUUUAGAUGACUGGUAAGAAGCACAAAGUAGGUGCUGCAUGAAUGAUUACUAUGGUGACUGGUGAGAUAGUCGAUGAACCUGGUACACUGUGAUCAUGAUUGUGAAGGUUCAGGCCUGGCAUGUGUAUGCAUAUGCACUUGUUUGUAUGUGUGGAAAGCAUAUAUGCGAAGAUAGAUACAUACCCCACCACGCUCUGAGCUGUGGGGGCAGUGACAGGCCAGCUCCAGCCAAGAAGCCCCGGGAUGCAUGUGGUACCAUGUGGGUGGACUGAUGAUUUGGUGGUCGCUACUCUGAGGAGAAGGAAAGGUGGAAGUUGGGUCAGAGCCUACCUUGAAGGGAGGCUGGCAGUGUGGAGAUAACAAAAGGGAGUUUGAGGACAGCUUUCUGAGUAUGUUGCUUGGUACAUCUCCCAUCUCUCUAGCAGGGAGGCUGAAACUAGGUAGGAAGGCCUAGUCAGCCCUGACUCUGUCCUAUACAAAUUUUGUGAUCUGGGACCAUCUUCUGGUCUUCUCUGGACCCAAUCUAUAAACCAGUAAUAGCAAUCACUGUUCCUUCCCAUGCAGCUGUUGCAGAGAUUAAAUGAGGCUAUACAUGUGGCAGCAGAUGACACCAUGACUGUAUGUAGUUAUCUAAAGUGUGAUAACAACAAUGACGAUGAAUGACCCUUCUGGUCUUCGUUUCCCACUUGUCCCACCCCAUAUGAUUUCCUCAGCAAGCAACAUCUGUACUAUUAAGCCCAGCCACAGUGACAGGUGUUAAGAAAAUGUAUCUCUUUAAAGAUCCACCCAGAAUGUUCAGAUCACUAUGUCCAUGUGGGAGGUAGAGAAUUUUGUUCUAAGAGAAUCAAAGACAGCAAGAAUGAGGAAACAUGGAGCCCAGGGCCCUAUAACCUGCCUAGGAGGAAGAGCAGUAGAUGAGGAGGGCUUUUGGGGCCAGAUCUUGAAGCAGGAGCAGGGCCUUAGAAGGAGUGGGGGAGGUAAAAAGAUGCUAUAAAAGGUGGGGACAAAUUUUGGCAGUAUGAUUCCUGUGAUAGGGGUAGGGAAUGUAUCAGCCCUCUGUGAGAAGAGGGAUUCAGGGUGAGGUUUUGGGGGGAAGCUGCAGGGAGACUGGCAAAGGCAAAGGCACAAUUGUGAGAAUGAUUAGGGAUUCAUCAAGAAGGGGCAAAGAUAGUCAUUGUAAUUAGGCUGCAGAAGCAGGUGUAUUUGGACUGUGGUCUAGAAGACCAGGACCAAGCUAUUGGACUCGCAGAUGGAAAUUUCCAUAUGGUAGCAAUUCGAUGGCCUUGUCAAGACUGAAUGACUGACAGAAUGGAAGAGCAAGAGUGAUUAGUAUCUGCCUCUAUCCAUGACUGGGUAGCUCCUACUCAGGGUCCAGAUAGUGGUCAACCAUCAGGGCCAGCUCAGCCUGCCCACUUGGGUGUGUGGCACAUUGUCUACCAAGUUUUCCCAAGCUGAAAAUUCUGAGUCACUUCCAAUGCAGCCUCUGAGUUUGAAUUCAUUCUCAUUUCUGUCUCAUAACUUUUACAGUUCCUAGAAACUUUAAGUCUGAUGGUGCCAAUGCAUCUUAGCUGAUGCAGCCCGAGGAUAUCUGAUGAUCUCCCCUCUGGGUCUCUUAACCCUGCACUCCACUGUAUAUUUUAUUGUCAUUGUAUUUCUUGCAAUUUUCCUGCUGAUCAUGCAUUUCUUUGUUCAUACAAUAGAGACAAACAUAGAAAGAGAAUGCAGUGGAAAAAGGAAUAAGUGAAUGAAUAUGUAAAGAUUUUGAAUGAAAUGUGAGUAAAUGGGAGAACAUAUGCAGAGACAAGUAUGAAAGACAAUGCCUGAGUAAAUCAAUAUGUCACACUGUCCCUGCUAAUCCCACUGAGUAUAAAAAGAUAAGCAGAUGAAAUUCUGCUUUCUCCUGGAAUCACCACUAAGAAUAGAAAAACAGUUGAAAACCAGGAAAUACAGGCUGCCCUGGAGGGGACAAGCUCAGACCUGUAGGGCAGAGAGGCAUCCUGAAUAAUAGGCUUGGGUCAACUGUCACCCACAGAAUGGUGAAAGCCAGACUGGCUACAUCAGAACCACUACCAGAGGUUUAGGAGCACAGAUUCCUGGACUUCAUCCUUCUAGAGCCUGGUUCAGGAGGUUGAGAUGGAGCCUGGGAAUCUGCAUGUCCAACCAGUCUCAAAUGAACCUGAAAUUCCAGCCAGGCUAGAAAACCACUGAACCAAGCCAUACAUCUCAUCUGAGACAUGAAAGGAGAGCUGUUUGGCUUGGAGGUCCUGGCUGGUUUGCCUCUGCUGACCAAGAGAAGCAACUGGAGAGGAAAAGACACUCAUUCUGGGUUCAAAUUCCAGCUUUGACACUCUGCUGGAAUUAUCCCAACAAGUAACCUCGGCAUGCUGCUUCUCUUUCCCCAUCUGUAAAAUACGAGAGAGUCCAUCAAUGGCCCAAGAAUUUGAAAGUGCUUCUCCCUUCAAAUUAUUUGGUAUAGACUAAUGAAUGUUAGAACAUGUCAGUAAGAGUUAGUGUUAUUUAGCACUCACAGGGAUGUAGGCACAGUUGCAAAUGCUUAUUUAAUCCUCACAAACACUGUCUCUGAACUAGGAGUUGUUACCAAACGUGCCCUACAGAAGAGGAGCUUGAGGCUCAGAGACAGGGAAUAACUUGUCCAGGGACUUGGAGCUGCAGCAGGGACCUGAGGCCACAGGCCAUCUGAGUCAUGCAGCCUGCACUCUUAAGCCCUGGGCUAUAAAUGGCAGCUCCCUUCCCCCUUCUCCUUAAAGGUUAAAACAGAGGCUAGAGCCAUUCCUGAGGGAAUAAAACAGAACAAAGAGCUCUGAAAGGAAGGAAGCCUAGGGAAUGUAUGUGAUUAGGCACCUCAGAGAGUAUGGGGGCUCAGUUUGCCCCUAAGCUUCCUGACAGCUGCAGUGGGGAGGGAGGACAGCAAGAAUUCCCAAGCCUCCAUUUUAUGGAAAGAAGGAGGCACAGAGACAUUUCUAAAUGGACACUUGUCUUGGACUAAAAUUCCAGAGGAGUUGGUCUUGUGGCCGGCUCAGCAAACAUCCGGGAUCAGUAAUUCAUCAGUGAUGUCAUGAGACACUAAAAGGCUUAUUCACAUACGUGAUGCUGGGAGUUGGAGGCAGAGGGGAAAGAAAACAUGAAAUUCUAUCUCAGAUCAGAGCCUUGUUAGACUGCUAUUUCCCGUAGUAGGAAGGGAAAUGGAGGCCCAGGCCCUGUCUGUGUGCCUGUGCUUGUCCUAACAUACACCACAUUGCCUCUCUGGGAGGAGACCCGGGGUUGUGAUUGACCUCGGGACAUGACAGUGUCCCAAGGACUUGGCUAGGUUGAAUGGGAAGUGAGGUUGCAUGUGAGGGACAGAUUGCUAGUGCUGGGAGGUGUGGGCAGGGGAGGUUCUAUCAGGCAGAGCAGGAGCUGGUUAUAAGAUUUGGAGAAGAGUGUAACAUUGGAGCAGGUGGAAGAGUGUGGGGGCAGGAGAAGCAAGAGCUACUAGGAACACAGUUUUUCACCCUUCUCAGACUUUGCCCCUUUUUGUGUCCUUAUCCCUGUCUUCUGUGUCUGCUGAGCCCUCCAUGUCACCCUGCCCCAAUCUGCCCCACCCAUACACAGGAUGCCAGCUCACUCCCAUCCACCAGAAUGGUGAAGGGAGAGACCUGUGUCUGCAUCACCUUCUGCCCAAAAUUACAAGACCAGUCUGUCUUCUGCAGCUCAGGCAUUAUGGCUGACUUCGUGGUGCAGUGUGAUGUGGUUUCAGAGGACAUUGCAGAUGUGCAGAUUUAUGGCAAUUAUUUUAUUCAUUGCUUUGCCCCCAGAGGCCUAAAUGUGGUGAAGAAUGUGGUGCUUGUUAUUGAUGUGAGCAGCUCCAAGUUUAGUACCAAAAUGAAGCAGACCGAAAAAGCCAUCAAUGUGAUCCUCAUUGAUCUGCAAACCAAUAACUACUUCCACAUCAUCUACUUUUCUGAUGCAAUUUGUGUCUGGAAAUCUGAAAGCUUGAUCCAGGCCACUAUGCAGAAUAUCCACAGUGCCAGGGGACACACUGAAGCUGAUGGCUGGACCGGCAUCAAUGCAGCCCUGCUGGAAGCUGUGUCAGUAUUGGACCAUAACAACCAUGAGUCUGGGAAGGGCCCCAGUGUGGGGAAGGUUCCACUUGCCAUCUUCAUGACUGAUGGGGAGCCUAGAGCCAGCAUGACAACAGCCAGUUGAGUGAUCCUUCACAAAAUCCAAUGGGUGCAGGGUUACAAGGCACCCUUUUAUAUCUUGGCCUUUGGAGGUGAUGCUGAAUUCCCCCACUGCUGCAUCACCUGUCCCUGAAGAACCGGGGUGAUGGUGGGGGCAGCCUGAUGCAUAUAAGAGGAUGCUGACAUGGCCCUCCAGCUAGAGCACUACUAUGAAGAGUUCGCCAUUCAUCUACUAGCAGAUGUGUGUCUGGACUACCUGGGCGGCUCUGUUGGAACCUCCGGUUGGGCCUUUUUCCCCAAUUGCUUUGGUGGGUCAGAGCUGAUGGUGUCUGGCCAGGUGGAGCCAGGGGAGCAGGAGCUGGACUGCCUGCCAACCUGUGACCCUGAUAGUCUGCAUCUUGUGGACCACCAGAGUGAAGGAGCCACAAACAGCAGGCAGAAAGUCUUUGGUUUCCCAGGGGAGUCUGCCCUCAAUCUGAUGCACUUUAUUUGCCACUUCUCGGCCCAUGUCAUCAUUGGAGAGCUGUGGGAGGCAUGCUUCCAUGGCAGUGAAACCACCAUGCCUCUCAAAGUCCUCAACAUAUCCCUUGAAUACAACUUUGUCACAUCUCUGACUUCAGUGAUUGUGGUGUAGUCCAAGGAAGCCAGUGAGGAGCCUGGGAGACAGUCAUCCAACACAUCUGCGCCAGGCACAAUCACAUCCUCCUCCAGCCGUGGCCAAGGUCUAAGAACAGGCACAGCUCAGGCAUUCUUGAUGCUCAAGGUCUCCCGCAAAUCAAGGCCUGUGAGAGCAACCUCAGGUACAAGUGCCUCUACAAAUAAGAUGCUCAAUUCCAAGGAGCUGAGGCCACUGAGUCAGGACUAUAGUUCUCUAUCAACCUUACUAUACAUCCUCAAAUACUCACCACUCACCAGAUCUAAGAUUCCUGCUCUCCAGACCCAAAACAACUUGCCACACUCUACACUUGUGAUCCUCUUGCCCAGAAGCCCUAAAGUCCCAUCACCUCUUAAACCCAGUGCAUCACCUCACCAAAAUUCCACAAGAUUAUCAUUUUCCAUGGUUGGAAUCCCACCAUUCCCCAUAUGCCCAAAAUGUGCUAUUCCUCAGAUUCUCAGAUUCCCCAGAGUCUCCAGUGGCAAAGGUCCCAGCAGUACCAUGACCACCUCUGUCCCUGGAGAACCCCACAUCUCUCCCUUUACCACAAGAAUGCCCUCUCUGCUGCAUACUGGGAAACCCUGGCACAGGCAAGGCCUGCCACUAGGGUGCCAGAGCACUAGCACUCUUCCUGAAGCCACCAGUCUGCUCCUUCUCCCAGGGUAAGUAGAGCCACUUUCUGAGUCAAUGGUGCAUUGCAAGCUUGUGGAGUCCUUGAGUCCACUGACAUUCUAUAUCUUCCUUGACAAAGAUGGAAACUUUGUGAAGCCUAGCAUGCAGGACGUCGUGAUGUGGAUGAAGUGUUCAUGGCAUAAAAUCACUGACAAGCGUGUUGUCAAUGGGCCACAAGCAGUCUACACAGACAAGAAGUGCUCAUUUAAGGAGAGGUCUCUUGCUGGACGUGAGAGACUGGAGCCAAUGGUUCUACAGGAGAUGGAGUCACAAGAAAUUCAGACCAGUAUUCGGGAUUUGGAGAUUUAUGAAAGUGGUCCAGAAGAAGAUGAUGUGACUAUAUUUGAAUAA